AUGGAAAUAUGUAUACAUCAUAUUAAACCUGCGAGAAAGCAUACUGUUCAAAUUACAGCAAAACUUAAUAGUGAAUUUCUAGAUUUUUAUUCUGAUAGUAUCAUUCAAUUUUUCAUUGUUCUAGAUGGAAGAACAAUAUGCGAAUCAGAUGUCAUCGCUGUUAGUGUGCCUGAGGGUGAAAAGGAAACAAAUGAACUAGUUCCAACUAAUGUUAUCGUAUUUGAUAAUCAAAAUUGCCAGUAUCAUGAAGUUCUAAAUAUAUUGAAUGAACAAAUUCCACAGAAUUUUCCUGGCAUCAUUAUCAGUGAGGAAGAUAAAGAUUCAAAAAAAUCUGAACCUCAAACAAAACUUCAUUCAUGUUACGAACGUGCCAUACAACUGUAUCAAUUACUUGAAAAACAAAUCAACGAAAGACAAAAGUACUACGAAGCAUAA